AUGCGCUUCACACUGGCCUCCCUCCUCGCCGGCUCCGUCGCCGUCCUCGCCGUACCAAACAUCAACCUGGGCUUCCUGGGCUUCCCCUCCGGCGGCAAGUUCAUCGCCUGGGAGGCGGGACUCAGCGAGAAAGACGCCUGCGCAAACUACGUGACCAUCACAGGCUCCGACGGCGGGCCUGCACCCCCCCGCUGCGGCACCGAAUUCACCCUCGACGGCAACACGGGUCUCUCGCUGGCCUGUCUUUCGGACGGGUCGACCGUGACGGGCGUCAACCAGGACGGCGCGCAGGUGGAGAGCUGCUCGCCUGUGUCGGAUGAGGGGACGGCAUGCACGCAGGGCGUCGAACUGACACAGGCAUAUGCUUGUGUGGUUUAG